AUCUACUUCCGGGGUGCCGUUGUCAGCUGCUUCCUGUCGCUCCUACUGUCGGUAGCUCGCUGGUCGUGCUCCGAGGCCGUGCCCUGAGGCUGGAGGAGUUCGCGCCUCCGCUGGUAAACCCUCUCUGGGGCUGUUUGCUGCUAGGAUUGUGCAGGGGUGGUGUCUGGGGGGCUCCUGACCCGCAUCUGGGUCACCGGUUGCUUCCGGCUGAGAGACGACGGGCCGUGGAGCGGAGCGGAGCGGUGAGGGACAGGCGCGGCCCGCGGGGUGCGGUGCCAUGACCUUCAGCGGUAGGAGGCGGUCCCGCGGGGCUGCCGAGGGCUGGGUGCCAGGCCGGGGCCGCACCUGCCCUCGCUGAGGUGUGGAGGCGGCGGUCCGAGAGUGCUGUGGGCGGCUCUGUUCUCUGCGGCCACCCUCGGUGUCCCUGCUGGGGGAGGUUUGCAGCAGAAGAGUUGCCAUUACCGAAGGUUCUUAAUACCAGAUAACCAACCUACUGCCCAGUAACCAUGAAAGAGACGAAGUAGCUUCCCAAGCCUGAGACAAAACCUGUUUUCAAUGGAUACAAAAUAUAAAGACGAUUUAUUUAGAAAGUAUGUACAGUUCCAUGAAUGCAAGCUGAGUGUCUCUGACAGCAAGCAACCUCCGAUUAAUGAUGAAUAUUUGCGAGUGGCAGCAUCAGCCUUGUUUUGCCUUCCCAAAAUUGAUCCCUUUUAUAGAUUUCGGUUGAUAAAGUUUUAUGAGAUGGCUGAAAACUCACUGAGAUCUCUGAAAUCCUCAAGUUUACAUUCUCUGCAUAAUGCAUUCAGCAUGCUUGAGACUCUUGGAAUUAAUCUCUUUCUUUAUCCCUGGAAAAAGGAGUUCAAACAUAUUAAGACCUACACGGGACCCUUUGUAUAUUAUGUAAAGUCUGCCCUCACUGAAGAUGAUGUAAGGCAGAUUCUGAACUACAUGGGCUAUGUCCAAGAAGUGGGAACAAUGUAUAAGCUCAAAGAGCAGAUUGAUGCUAUUCAAGUGAAAAUGGUUUCAUUUGAACUCUUUUUGGCCAAAGUGGAAUGUGAGCAGCUCCUUGAAAUUCAUUUGCAAGUGAAAGAUAAAGGCUAUUUGGAGAUUGAUGUCAUAAAUGAACGGAAAAAUAGCAAUGAAGAUACUAGAGGCUGCUCAGAAGCUAUGAAACGGCGGGCAGAAUGCAAAGAAAACUUAAAUACUUCCAUGGCACGAAUGGUACUUCAGAAAUCAGCAAGUGAACGGGCCUCUAAGGAUUAUUUCAAGCCAAAAGUGAGCAAGCCUUCUAAAUCAGUAGACACAUACGAUAAUUAUUGGGAAAAUAAGAAACCACCAUUGAUGAGCUCACUGAGUCUCAGGAAAGAACCAAUCUUAGUUGAUGCGGAAGAUGACAUCAAAGAUGAAAUUAUUCGUCCAUCACCCUCUCUUCUGACAAUGUCAAGCUCUCCACAUGCGUGUUCAGAUGAAUUCUUGUCAACUUCAUCUCAUCAUAAUGGCAUGUUAAGAACAAAUGUUCCUUACAGCUCCUAUUUUUCUGCUCAAGAGGACUUAGAUUUAUAUACUGAUCCUGAUUCUAGAAGUAUGCUAAAUUUUAAAAGACAGGAUGCUAUUAAGCCUGAUGUGUGGCUGUUAAAAAAUGAUGCCAACGCUGUUUACCACAAACGCGCUCACCUAGCCAAAGAGACAGCUUCCCUCAAGUGCCAGAACUGUGGCAUACCUUGUGGGGCUUCUGUUUGCCAGAAGUGUGACAAUCUGUUCAACUCCAGGCAGGACUACCCAGUAGUGAAACAGAGCACCUAUUCCAUCAAACCACUUCCAAAUGAUGGCUUAUCUCCUGCCUCUGCUUUAAGAGAGAAACCUCAGUACGCAUCACAGACUCAAAGUCAAGAGAGAGCUUCCCAAUUCAGUUCAAAAUCCAAACCUGCGAGCACCUCACGCUGCGGCUUUUGUAACCGAUCUGGAGCUGCAAACACUUGCAUGUUUUGUUCAAAAGUUUCAUGUGACACUUGCCUCAAUGCUUACUAUUAUGAUCCCUGCUGUAGGAAAAGCGAGCUUCACAGAUUCAUGCCUAAUAAUCAGUUAAACUAUAAAUCAACUCAACUGUCCCACGUUGUUUAUAGGUAGACUUGAUUGGUCCAUUUUGGAAGGGAAGGGAAAGGGCUAUUUAAUGUUCUGAGUCCACUGAUGAGAAGAAGAACACUGACCUCUUACAAAAUUGACAUGCCCAAAUAUUUGGAACCAUGAUUCAGUGAUAAGGUGCCAGUUCUUGGUUUUUGUGGCUUAACAAAUGCUGCAGAUAUAUGAUUUCAUGCUGCUGUUAUUUAGGUAACUCCUAAAUCAUCAUUAAUUCUCAAUUUAAAUGAGGGGGAAAAAGAGCACUUUUUUUUUUAAUAAUAUCUUGGCAGCUGUUGCAUUAUAGAAAAGUGACAUCACGCAUUUCACACCAUUUUAGUCAUCUCUUUGCCCAAAUGAAGCCACGUGAGGCUCUGAAAAUUAAGAUUCACGUUUUCCGUGGGUGUUGAAACUACUGCCGUUUUUUGGUAAAGUAUGACUUUCAAAUGUGGAAGAAAUAUGUGAAUAGCUUGUUUUGCCAACAAGGACUAUUUUUCAAAGUGUGUCUGCAUUUCUUGAUCUCCAAAAUGCAAACACCACAGCAUGUCUUUCUAUCUUCGUUUCUCCCUUCUCUCCUUAUGUCCCAGUUGUUUAUCUCAAACUUAUAUAAUCUGAAUCUGAACAAUGUGCUUUAUUUUCUAGUGUUGCCAAUAUCAUCCUGCUGUUUUUUUACUGUAUGGUAUUUUAAAAAAGGUGAACUUGUAUUUCUGUCACUUAAAUUUUGCCUAGUGUUGUCCUUCCUGAUGAGUACAGAUUUUCUUUACUUUCUGUUGCACAUGUAUUAAGUACUGUUCUUUGUACUGUAAACAGGUAAUUUGGAAACUGUUUAUUUUUAAUAAAUACUUAAUAUGUUGAGUUCUUAAAGGUGGUAAAAUCAUUAUAACUACUAAGUCUCUCUGGGUUAUUUGUUCAGGUGACUUUUUGCUUCUACUUGUACUGUAUUUCAUAGCUUGUUGUAGUUGCUGUGGCAGACUGACAUUAUUUGCUCUGAUCAGUUUUUUUUUUAAUCCAGCUUUUCUUCUUUAUUCUGCUAAGGCUACCACUAAACUAGGUGGAGUCUUAUCUAAAAACUGCAAGAUUUUGGUUCUCAGUGCAUGCUUUUCCUUUGUGGUUAUGGGAACUGUAAGUAUAAAUCUUACACUUGCGUCCAAAUUCACUGCAGAGUCUGUAGUGUAGUCAGCGGGUAAUGUGCUGACGUGAUGAAAAAAUCAGAGCUCAUUUGUGUAUCCUGUGUUUACUAUUAAAGUAAACCUAACAAUUAAGGAUGUGAAUCCAGUAAUGAUAUUUAUCUGUGUUACUGUAGCACAUAGGAACCCUUGUGCUAGACUUUGUACAGUUUUGCCCCCAAACAACACCCAGUUAUUAGUGGCUUUAGGGCUUCUUUGUUUCUUUUUGCAUAAAGGAGAAUCCACAAGAAUUCUCCUAACGUCUUAUAUUCAAACUAGCUAGUUAGAACAAAAUAUCAGGCAAACCAAUCUGAUGUGCAAAGUUAAAUGUCUUUAAAAUAUGUUUAAAAAAAAAAAAAACUUGCUGAAUUGUAAACUGUGUAGUCCACUUUGCACUAAAAUUAUUCACUUAGGGUUUUUUAAACACUGUUAGAGUCUAGGCUUUGAAAUGUAAAUGUUGAUCACUGUGUGACAGAGAUGUGCAUGAAUGAUAGUUUUUCUUAAUUUUGGGGGGGAGUGGGUAGAGGGCUUGAGGGUAGCCGUAGGGGGAGGCAUAUAGGCUAAUAAUGUAAAAUAGCUGAAAUAAUUUUAGCCAUAAAUGGGUCUCAGAAGUAUUAUGGAAAUAAGGUGAAACCUGAGUCUUGCAGAGGGCUGAGAACAAUAAGUUACUGUACAGUUUGCACUAAGAGACAAAGUGAAUGGUAUGUGUUUAGCAAUCAGGGAAAUUUCUGAAUCAAAUGACUGCAACUGAAUAUUACGUUAUAGGCAAGUGUUACCUUUCUGACCCUGAAGGUUGGGGUAAAAGUUGUUUAGGUGAAUGGUUUUAAGGUUUUUGAGGUCUCAUGGUUUUUUUUAAUAAAUAUAUGUAUAUAAAUAUAACAAAUGUAGAUACAUUGUGUAUAUAACGAGGAAUUUAAGAACAAUUUUAUUAUUAAAAUACAGCCUAAAGGUGGUUUUCAUUUCAGUGAUUAUUUUAGUUUUGUUCAUCUUCUGAAGUGUCGUGCGUGUAUGGCUGUUGCACAGUGUAUCUUCUAGUUUGCUAGUUCAAUUUCCAUAUAGCUACUCACACUACAGUGAAGAACUAAAACUGUGAUGCCACGUAAUUCUUACAGUGAACAUAGCAGGGAUGAUACUUGCUUUGAAAAGUAAAAGUCCUGUGUAUAUAUGUCAUGGAAUACUGUAGUACAAAACUGUGUUGAAUUGAAGUGAUACCAUGCUCUAUUUUUGUGUAUCUUACUGUAUGAGGUUGCUGUGAUUGAUACAGUAAAAUAUAUGCUAAUUGAAAA